AUGGCUGAUGAUAUAGACUUUAAUGAUGUUGUUGAAGAUAUAUUUCUAAGCGAAAACACAUUAUGUCAAGACAGCUAUAAGGAAGGUUUCCGGGUUGGCUCUGAGGAAGGGAACUCCGAGGGCUAUCAUUUAGGCUACCACAGAGGAGCUGAAAUCGGAAGAGAAUUGGGAUUUUAUUAUGGUAUUGUUACAAACUAUUUGGAACAAAACAAGUCUGAUUCAAAGCAAGAAGAUAGACUUUCAGAUAAGACAAUAAAACAACUGGAGAAAGUGAAAGGACUGAUUGAUACAUUCCCUCAUAAUAACUCCGAGCAUCAUGAUAUACUGACCCUACUUGAAACUAUAAGAGCUCAGUAUAAAAAAGUAUGUGCUAUGCUCAAAGUAUCAUCCAAUAAUCCAUACGUGGGAGAUAUAUCAUUUUAA